UACACCGGAAGUGCAACGCAACGUGAGUCGUUGGUUUUGGCAAGUAAACUUCACCAAGCCGGUUCGUUUAGAUUAAAUACGAUGCCUGUUACUUGAUAAACAGGAGCGUCCUAGUCUUACUUUUUUUAUACGAACCUGUAGAAUAGUUGUUGAAUAAUGUUAGUCGGCUACAGCAGCAGCUCGGAUGAGGAAAAUGAUGCUAUCGAAGGAGAGGCAGACGCGGCUGCAGACCAUAACAAAACCUUUUAUCGAAGAUGUCAGCAAAACGGUGGUGAAAAUCAUUGCCCGUUGAAGAAAAAGCCCAAAAUAGAGGAAUCCUCUACAACAGCGAGGUUGCCUCUCCCUGAUUGCCUGCUAGACAUGUUUCCAGAAGAUCUGGAGGCACAGACUGAGGAUAGCUCUUUGCAUGAUGGUCGCAUCCGCUCUUUUAAACAUGAGAGAGGAAACUGGGCAACUUAUGUUUAUUUUCCAUACAAACCUGAAGAGGAGUUUGAGGAGUUAAUGGAGGCGCUUCUGUCGACUGCUGCUGCCUUUGGAGUGGUUUUAAUUCCACAGGAGGAAUUUCAUCUCAGCCUGUCUCAGACAGUGGUCCUGAAACAUCACUGGAUCCAACCCUUCAUACAAGGCCUUAAGGCAGGCCUGGUCCCCUGUAAAAGAUUUGUAUGCUCAGCAUCCAGACUAAAAGUCUAUUGUAAUGCUGAGAAGACAAGAACCUUCUUAGGGGUGGAGGUUGUAACUGGCCAUGCCCAGUUAUUAAACAUGGUCCAUGUAGUGGAUAGAACACUGACAGAUUUUCACCUGGACACCUUUUAUCAGGAUCCAUCAUUUCAUGUUAGCCUGGCCUGGUGUGUUGGGGACUUCACUGUCCAAUUGCAGCAAUGCCUUCAUAAGCUUCAGAAUUUGGUUGAUAACCAUGAAGGGGAAACAUAUCAUCUGUGGUUAGACUGUUCAGAGCUUCGCUGCCGCACAGGAAACAAGACCUUCCGCUUCCCACUGGCUUCUUAAAACUGGAUAUACUGCAUAUAUUGAAACAUUUAGCUUCAUGAGUAUACAGAUAGUCUUCUGUUAUGAAAUUUUAGGGAAUACAAGUCACACACAAUUUGUUCACGCGACGACACAUACAGUAAUACGUUCAUUGUCGCGCAACACGAGAACUCGCUUAAUUGCAACUGGAUUUGUGUUUUUCCCCCUGUAUAUUAGUUUUUGUAUUUAAUAUGGCUAAAGUGUCUUUUCAUGCACAUAUCAAUUGGUAUAUCUAAACCGAUCUGAAUUCGGACAAUUUCAUUAAUUUUUUUCACAAACCAAAUAUCAAUACUAUUAGUCGGUCAUAGUUGUCAUAUUUUUACAAAUUAGUGGCCAAUCGAAAUUGUUGAAAAUAAUUUAUUUUUGACAACAAACAAACAUGUCAUGUUGUUUUGGGGGGAAAAGUGAAAAGUAAUGUUUUUGGAGAUGGGAGAGGGUAUCAAUAACAACAACAAUAACAAUAUCUACUAUAUUUCUGACUGUACUACUACAUGAAAAACCCCGUGUAAUCAGAGCGGCAUACAUAAUCAGCGGAAUGAAGUCACUUGUUGUCCGUCGGUUAACCUGAUCAGUUUCGGUCCUAUUCACAGCAAAAUAGUGAUGCAUUCCCGUGGGAUUCCAAUUAAGAGAUAAUUACAGCAAAUCCUUCGCAAGCAAGUACCCUCCCUUCUACCUUUUAACUACUCAUAGCUGAUCAUUUCUUUUAGACACAUGGUUUUAAAAAAAUAUAUAUAUGUAUAUUUUUGUAUUAAUGUUUCAGUGAAAUCAGGUAUUUGAUUAUUUCUGCUAUUGUGUUGCAAAUAUAGGCUGAUUCAUAUUUUUGAAACUAAAGUCACAGUCUAUCCUCAUACAUUGCACAGUUACUGUUUCUAAUAAAUGGUUGUUCAAGAUUUUACAACUCGGACACCUUUAGAACUCUAUAAGCCACCCACCCUACUUUUGUACCAAUUUGUGGACUACUGCAGUUCAGCGUUUGGGCUUUUUUCUCUGGAAAGAAAGACCGUAGUUGGACGUCGAGCAUGUUCAGAACUUCGUACUUGUAGCAAAAGUUGUAAUGUGAAAGAUUCUCCACUAGGGACUAUAUAAGGAGCAUUUGCAACGCGUUGACUGUCUUUUUACAAAAGGAUUCCUUAGAGGCAGCCAUGGCUCGUUGGUCUAGGGGUAUGAUUCUCGCUUAGGGUGCGAGAGGUCCCGGGUUCAAAUCCCGGACGAGCCCACCUUUUAUUUGUUUGGAGAUUUUCGAACUCCGUUCUUUUGAAAUCAAAUAAAUAGAAUUUUGGA